GUUCCGUCCCUGCACACUACAAACAUUCAUCAUAGAAAACCCAUAUUCACUUUCUUAUAUAAUAUCAUCAACCUUAAUUAAUAACUACUUCUCAUACAUCACCCACCAUGACCAUGUCCACUAGUCUCUUCUUCUUCAUUUCCCUCCUCUCUCUCUCCUCCGCCUCUCACCACCCCCAUGACCAUUCUUCCUCCAACACCACACCCACCACUACUUCGAUCCAACAAGUCUGUAAAGCCACUUGCUUCCCUGACCAAUGCGUGCGCUCCUUAUCCAAAUCCAAACGACUCCCUCCAAACCUAACUCCUCUCCAGUUCGUCUACUCAUCAAUCUCUGUCUCCUCUCACAAUAUCCGUAAAGCUCAAUCAAUGGUGAAGUCCAUCCUAGCCUCCUCCACAGGUAAUAAAAACCGCACAAUCGCCGCGACCAACUGUCUCGAAUAUCUCCACAUUUCACAGUACCGGAACUCUAUUACCACCCAUGACGCUCUCCCCCGUGGCAACCUUAAAAACGCUAGAAUUUGGAUGGGCGCUUCUCUUCUUAGCCAAUACGACUGCUGGGCAGCUCUCAAUAGAGCAAACGACACGAGGUUGACGAACGAGACGAUGUCGUUUUUGGAGUCGUUAACAAACUUGACAAGCAACACGCUGAGCCUGUUGUUUUCGUACGAUAAUUUCGGAAACGACACCGCUUCGUGGGUUCCGCCGAGGACCGAGCGUGACGGGUUUUGGGAGGCGGUGAAGAAGUCCGGUGGUAGUGUUGGUGGAUUUAAAGGUGGGGUCCCGGCGGGCUUGAAGGCGGACGUGACGGUGAGUAAGGACGGAAGUAGUGGGUCUUAUAAGACGGUGCAGGAGGCGGUGAACGCGGCGCCGGAGAAGGGCGGUGGAAAGAGGUUUGUGAUAAGAAUAAAGGAAGGGGUAUACGAGGAGACGGUGAAAGUUCCGUUGGAGAAGAAGAAUGUGGUGUUUUUAGGAGAUGGAAUGGGUAAAACGGUCAUUACCGGGUCUUUGAAUGUGGGCCAGCCUGGGAUUACCACCUCCACCAGUGCUACAGUUGCUGUUCUUGGCGAUGGAUUCAUGGCUAGUGGUCUCACAAUCCAGAACACAGCCGGUCCUAAUGCCCACCAAGCAGUAGCCUUCAGAUCAAGCAGUGAUUUAUCUGUCAUUGAAAACUGUGAAUUCCUAGGCAAUCAGGAUACUCUUUUUGCUCAGUCACUCCGCCAAUUCUACAAAUCAUGCCGCAUUCAAGGAAAUGUGGAUUUUAUUUUUGGAGGCUCAGCGUCUUUUUUCCAAGACUGCCACAUCUUACUCGCUCCUCGCCAAGUUGAUCCAGAAAAAGGCGAGAGUAAUACCGUUACUGCACAUGGCAGACUAGAUCCUGCCCAAUCAACAGGUUUUGUUUUUCAAAAUUGUUUGAUUAACGGCACCGAGGAAUAUGUGAAAUUGUACCAAAGCAAUCCCAAAGUACACAAGAAUUUCUUGGGGAGGCCGUGGAAGGAGUACUCCAGGACAGUUUUCAUACAGUGCAACUUAGAAGCUCUUAUUUCGCCACUAGGCUGGCUGCCAUGGAGUGGUGAUUUUGCUUUGAAAACGCUUUAUUAUGGGGAAUCUGGGAAUUCUGGACCGGGUUUUACUCCGUCCCAAAGGGUAACUUGGAGUAACCAAAUUCCUGCACAACACAUUGACACAUAUUCCGUUGCAAAUUUCUUUCAAGGAGAUCGGUGGAUUCCACCAUCCAAAUAAUUAACUAGUCAUAACUCAUGAGAGAGAGUAGCUUCAAUUGGAAGUGGUAAACCAAAAGGUGCAUUUCGCUAUUUCAUAACAAUUGUCUUUUGUUUUUUUAUAACUGUUUGUGUCUUUUGUUUUUCCAUAAUGUUUGUGUCUUUGACUCUUUCACAUUCUAAAAUUUUCUGUUAUGAAACAAAGAGUCAUGACAAUAAUGACAGCUCUUGUAAUUUCACCCUAUAAAAGAGGAUAGAUGUAUGAUGUAAAAGUGUGUGAGAGAAAAAGUUGUAGUGAUCUCUCAAGACAGUAGCCUAAUCUCUUUGUUUGUGAGU